AUUUAGUUGAUGACGCCAUUAGCUCGUAGCGUAAUUGUUACCUCGUGACGUCACACGCUCGCGUAGGUCACGUGUUCACCGUGGCGAGGCGCAGCAGAAGCAGCCAAGAUGGACGCGGGCUUCUUCAGGGGAACGAGUGCCGACCAGGACAACCGCUUCUGCAACAAGCAGAAGAAGCUCAUGAAGCAGAUGAAGUUUGCCGAAGGACUGGAGAAAAAGGUUGACAUGACCAAGGUGAACCUGGAGACCAUCAAACCGUGGAUCACGCAGAAGAUCACCCAGAUGCUCGGCUUUGAGGACGACGUCGUAAUUGAGUUCGUCUUCAAUCAGCUUGAGGAGAAGAACCCCGACGGGCGCCUGAUGCAGAUCAACCUCACGGGGUUUCUCAACGGCAAGAACGCGCGGCUCUUCGUGGGCGAGCUGUGGCCCCUGCUGCUGAGCGCGCAGGAGAACAUCGCCGGAAUCCCCUCCAUCUUCCUCGAGCAGAAGAAGGAGGAGAUCAAGCAGAGACAGCUGGAACAGGAGAAGCUGGCAGCACUGAAGAUGAAGGAGGAGGCGCUGGCGGAGAAGAGGGAGGAGGAGAGGAAGGCGCGGGAGCGCUCCAAGUCCCCUCGUCGGAGCGGCCCCACAAGGCGCCGUUCCCACUCUCGCUCCCCACGCCGUCGCGAUCGCCGUCGCUCCUCCUCCUCGGCCUCCCCUUCCCCGUCACGGGCGCCGGCCCACGCCCCCUCGCACCACCCCCACGCCGCUCUCCUGGAGGCCGCCAACGCCGCCGCCGCCGCCGCGCAGCCGACCCCGACGCCGGCCGCGACGCCGGUGUCGGCCGUGCCCAACCUCGCGCAGCUGUCGGCGCUGGCGCACGCUCUGGGGCAGAUGAGCCACCCGCCGGCGGGCACGCACCAUGGAGACUCGCCGCCGGCGCUGCCCGAUCAGUCGGCGGCGCACCAUGGACUGGCGGCAUCAUCGCCGGUCCCCGAGGUCACCUCCACCACCAGCGAGGUGAUGAGGCUGGAGGCCGCGGCGCUGGCGGGGGGAGUGGAGGUGGGAAUGACGGCGGUGCCGCUACCGUCGCUGCCCGCGAAGAAGCAGCAGGAAGUGGAGGCGGCCGACUCGGACGGUGAAGCGCGGGCCGCUCGGGGCAAGGACCGACGCCGCUCGCGCUCUCGCUCACACUCCCGACGGCGCCCGCACCACCGCUCGCGGUCGCGUUCGCGGCGCCGGUCGUCGCCGACGCGGCGUCGCAGCUCGCCUCACCGCAUGCGCCGAGCCAGCCCUCGGCGCCACCGCCACCCGUCGCCGUCGCACCACCACCACUCCUCGUCCUUGCGCCGGCGCUCGCGCUCCCGCGGACGGCGAUCCUCCCCCCGCCCGCGCACGCAUAAAUCCCGGUCUCGAUCCUUCAGUGCCUCCUCACCACGCCGGCGCCACUCGCAUCGGUCGGCACCUCACCGAACUCGCCACCCUCACCGCUCUCACUCUCCUCACCCAGACGUGAAGCGGCACGGAGGAGGAGGCCGCUCCUUGUCCAAGUCUCCCAAGGCUGGAUCCUCCGACUCUGACGAGGAGAGGAAGGGGACGAACCCGGACUCGGUGCAGACCCGGCGCCAGUACCGACGCCAGAACCAGGACUCGAGCUCCGACUCGUCUCCGUCAUCGUCGUCGGAGGAGGAGGAGGCGGCGACGGCAGUGGUGAAGGUGGCUGAGAAGGAGGUCGGCCAUCCCCACUCAUCCCCCCCGCGUCGCCCGCGGCACAGGGACCACUCGCCGCCCAGGGCGCCACCGGUGGAAGCCCACCCCCCACCGCACCCACCAAGGCGGCGCCGCAGCGGCUCCCCCGGACGUCGCCGACGCUCGCCCUCCCCUCGCCGUCGUCGCACCCCGUCGCCGCACGCCCACCGCAGGUCCCCAUCUCCCGGCCACCGUCACCGCUCCCCCGCCGUGCGCCGCCGCCCCUCUCCCUCCUCCCCGCCCCCCCCUCGGCCCAAGCGCCGCUCCUCCGGGUCCCCCCCGCCGCCCCCCCGCCGCCGCGCCCCCUCCCGCACCCCUUCGCCGCCGCCCCCCCCCAGAGCCAAGCGCCGCGCCUCCCCCUCCCCCUCCCCCGUGCCCCCCCAGCGCAUCAAGCGGCGGCAGGGGUCCGCCUCGCCCCCCGCGGCGAGGCGCGGGGCGUCCCCCCCCGCCCCUCCCUCGCAGCGCGAGGCCUCCCUCUCCGGGUCCCCCUCCCCUCCCCCGAGCCCCCCGCCCCAAGCGAAGAAGAAGGGGGUGCCAGCGAGGUCCCCCUCCCCCAGGCCCCUCCCGCGCCGCCCCGCCUCCGCGAGCCCCCCCCCGCCCCCGCGACGCAGGGACCGGGGGUCCCCGUCGCCGGGGCCGGAGAGGGGGUCCGCCGACAGGGGGGGCUCCUCCCCUCCGCCCGCGCCCCCCCCCGCGAAGACCCGCGCCCGCUGGGACGCCCGCCCGGCGGCCCCUCCCCUGGACGGGGAGAAGCCGGCGGAGGAGCGGCGAGCGGCGCCGGCGCCCGCCCCACCGGACACGCGCGGCGGCAGCGGCGGCGGCGGUGAGCCGCCGCGCGUGGGGGUGAAGCGGCCGGCGGAGCGCUCUGCGUCUCACUCCGCCUCGCGCUCCCCCUCUCACUCGCGCUCGGGCAGCGAGCCCCCCGCAACCGCCCGGGCCCCCCCCCACGCCUUGGCGUCCCCUCCCCACGUGGACCAUGACGACUCCCACAGCGCAUCCCCUGACCAGGUGUCGGACGGCGAGUCCAAGAAGAAGAAAAAGAGAAAGGAGAAGAAGCAGCACAAGAAGGAGAAGAAGCACCGCAAACACAAGAAGCAUCGCAAGGAGCGCGGCGACCUGGCCCCCGAGGCUGGGCGGGGGCAGCACGACUCAGGAGGGCUCGACGACCUGGAGCGCGCCCUGAGGGAGAAGGCUCUCGAGUCAAUGCGCAAAUCGGCCGCCCAGGCCACGUCCUGACAGCACAGCCAGCGGCACACCCCUCCUCCCCCCCCCCAACUCCCCUCCAGUGCGGCACACUCCCCCACGGCACACCCAGCUCCCGGUAACACGGAGAGAGAGCCGUGCGUGCGAUCCGACGCACCCACGGGAUACGAAACCACCCGGCACUGGCAGAGGCACGAGACGCGUCGCAUGUGAGCGGCCAGUUGCACGCUGCCGCAUUGAGCACGCUAGACCACGCUAGGCCACGCAGCGACACCGCACUGGGAAGGCCACACACGGCGCACCGCUCCAUACCUUGCACACAACACUACACCACACCGAGCGCACACACCGCUACACCACACUGAGCGAACCACACACAGAGCACACCACACCGCUAAACCACACUGAGCACAGCCCACAGUUGCACCAUGCAAAUGACCACAUCACACCACACUGAGCACUAACUAUUCCGUAAACUUAGGGCUCGCCACAGCACGCACAAGGCACCGUGCGCGUCACACCCACACGCGGAGUGCACGACACACACACACACCGUGUACCUCUGCGACGCUGGUUGGUACCCGUUGUAAUGAAGAGAAAAAACACGGGUUACGUGCACAUGACGUUUUGUGUGCUGGUCUGAUUUCUUUAUCUGUAUAAAUGUCUCUUCGUCGAGGUGCACCGCCGUUAGCAAAACAGAUGCCGUCGUUAAUUCUCACGCCCGCGGCUACCGCUUGUGUUGCUCCGGCACUCGUCACCGGCGGCCGCGUUACCGUUAGCGCUUCGCGUGUUGGGUUUUUGCGUGGCGGGGGGGGGAGAGCGGUAGUCUUGGGGAGUCUCGCAGGGACAGGCCAAGGGUGCGAAUCUGACUCUCGGCCGGCAAUGUCCAGUCAAGGGCCCUUCCGAGUUGUUUAAUCAAAGGAGGGGGGUGGUGGGGAAGGGGGCGAGCGUGUGGGGGCUUUAAUUUAAUCUCGGCCGGGGCUCUGUCCGGGUAGGCGGCUGCCCGUGCACCUCUUCACUACGGCCGUGGCUACGACUGGCUCAAGUGCCACCUAACCCCAGUUGCCUGGAAAAUAUCGAGCGAGAAAUGGGAAUCCCUGAGGCAAAGGGACCCGGUGUGUGACAGGCCGUGUCACGGGGCCGUCUUCCUUUUGGUAUGGAUUUGCGUUGUAAUUUGUAGCUGACGGGAGGGGAAGGAGGGGGGAAGGAGGGGGGUGCUCUGUGGCCCGUCCGCCUCCCUGGGCUUUUUAGCCCCCCGUGAUUGGCAGGAGCGUCCACCCAGUGCUGUCCCUACCACGAGCCAGGGAUGGUGCGUUCGCGAGGCUUGGGGGUCUGGCUCCGUACUGGAGCGAGAGGCUCCUGACGCUGCUCGGGAGCCAGCUCCCCCCCCACCCCCCUCCCCAAGAGUGACCGGGCCUCGGCGACCUUGGCUGCUUUGAGCUCGCGCCUUUCCGAAUGUAAAUGAACAGACUCGGUGAGUUGUUGAUUUGAUUUUUUUUUUCAAAACUUGUGGACAUUCGGCAAAAUAAAUAGGUUUCAUUUAAGCUG